AUGAGCCCUGCCCUGCUGCCAGCCCUCCUAGGCCUCACCCUUGUGCUGCCCCGAGUGCAGGCUCUGACCUGUCAGUCGGGGACACUGCUGUCUGUGAAGAAUGUAACAGAACUGCCCUUUCAGUGGACAGCAGAUAGGAAGACCUGCAGUGAGGGCUGGGGUUGCCAAGACACACUAAUGCUUCUUGAUAAUGGACCCCAAGUGCUCCUAGUGUUCACCAAGGGCUGUACCCAGGAGGAAGAUCAAGAGGCCCAUGUCACCCAGCACCGGGCAGGCCCUGGCAUCUCCAUUGUCUCCUACACCCAUGUGUGUCGCCACAAGGACCUCUGCAAUGACCUCUCCACCACCCUCCCUCUCUGGUCCCCGCCCCCUCCUGCAGUCCCAGGAUCCGUGCGGUGCCCGUUCUGCUUGUCUACAGAAGGCUGUGAAUCUGCAACAGAGGUGACCUGCCCUGUCGGGCACUCACACUGCUACAACGGGAUCCUCGACCUCAGGGGAGAGGGCAUCAGCAGCAAACUGAGAGUCCAGGGAUGCAUGUCCCAAGCAGCCUGCAACCUGCUUAAUGAGACUCGGGAGAUCGGGUCCUUGUCUGUGAGUGAAAACUGUGAUUCUCAGACCUGUCAACAGGGGGGCACGCAUCAGAUUAAACCAAACCUGGCUAAGGAACCCAUGGAAUGGAAUGCAUUUAUGAAUGUGAUAUGUGAUUUGGAGGAAGUGUGCCAGGAGACUCUUCUGCUCAUAGAUGUAGGACCCAUAUCACUCAUUGUGGGGAGCAAAGGCUGCAUCAAGACUGAGAAACAGAAUUCCCAGGCUGUCUCCAUCCACUCGGGGCCCCCUGGAAUUCUCAUUGCCUCCUACACUCAUUUCUGCUCUUCCAAUGGGUGCAACAGUGCCAGCAGUACCAGUGUCCUGCUGAACUCUCUACCUCAUCCAGCUGCUCCUGUCCCAGGAGACUUGCAGUGUCCCACAUGUGUGCAGCUUGGUGGAUUCUGUACAGGCUCUGGAAAUGUCACAUGCCCUAAGGGUACCACUGGUUGUUAUAAAGGUUACAUCGGUCUCGAAGGAGGUGGGCUGACCUCUGCACUUAGCAUUCAGGGCUGCAUGGCCCAACCUUCCAACUCCUUGUUGAACCACACCAACAUGAUUGGGCCGUUCCACACAGUUGAGUUCCCUGAGGUUGUCAAUAAAGAUCGCCAAAGUGGAGCUGCUCCUAAAGAUCUCCCAAAUGGGGCUUCUCCUGCCCCCUACCUGGCUUGGGUGGUAGGGCUGGGACUGUCUCUAGCCCUUUGGUAUGGGAUGACUACCCUGCUCACUCUAUUUCCCUGUGAUUCUUAG